UUCCGGAAGUCAGCCGACAAAGAUGACGAGGAAAGUGAAAAGGAAGGAUUCUUCAAGAGAAUCUUGAGGGACAGCAGAGGUGAGGACGAUGAACAAGUGUCGAACUCAGAGGGGUUCUUUAAGCGACUUUUAAAGGAAAAUAAACCAGAAGAGGAGGAGAUACCAAACAAUUCCGAGGGGUUCUUCAAGAGGAUUUUGAGUAGUAAAUUUGAUGAUGAGGAAUUGACAUCGAGUGCGGAUGGAUUCUUUAAGAGAUUGUUACGAGAUAACAAAGUAGAUGAAGAGGAACCGGGUGCAAACUCGGAAAGUUUCUUCAAGAAGUUAUUGCGGGAGAGUAAAAAUGAAGACGAGGGGCCAAAUGCAAACUCAGAAGGGUUCUUCAAGAAACUAUUCCGUGAGAGCAAGAAUGAGGAUGAUAAAGUUUCUCACUCAGUGGAUGGUGAGGAAAAAGAUGGGUUUCUUAAAAGACUUUUCAAAGAAAAGUUUGAUGAGAAAAGAAUUGGCAAUGACAGGAAUGAGACAGAUGAAAUUGUGCAUACUGAAGAAAAAUCUGGUGAAGAUAAUGAAAGUGAGGGAUUUUUCAAAAGAUUCUUUAAGGAGAAGUUUGAAGACAAACAAGACACUGGCAAAGCCGAUGAUGCGAAUGAAAACGAGGAUAACGAAUCUUCAGAAUUCUCACUGUUCAAAAAAUUGUUCCAUAGACAUCCAGAAGACGCAAAAACUACUUCAGCAAAGGAAAAUAGCAGCAAUGUCGGUAUAGUUGAAAGCAGUCCUGGGACAGAAAACUUUUUCCGCAAAUUGUUCAGAGAUCGUGACCGGUCUGUUGAAGAUUCUGAACUUUUCGGUUCAAAGAAAUAUAACGAGAAGUGUCCAGGUUCACCUAAACAGCGGAAUGAUACUCCAUCUCAAAAGCCUCCACUGCCAAUUAAUACCGCAGCACAGUUCAGGAAAGGGGCUUACCACAAGUCUUUGGAGUUUGUACAUGCAUUAUGUGAAACGUCGUAUGAUUUAGUAGAUAUUUUUCCCAGUGAAGAUCGGAAAACUGCUCUUCGUGAGUCCCUUGCAGAGAUCAAUUCCCAUUUAGCCGAGGCUGAAACUACUGGAGGAAUUUGUUUUCCAAUGGGGAGAGGAGUUUAUCGUGUCAUUAAUAUUCCUGAAGACGAGUCUGUUCUUUUGAAUUCUAGGGAAAAGGUGCCUUAUAUGAUAUGCGUGGAAGUUUUGAAAGCGGAAACACCGAGUGGUGCUAAAGACACAUCUAAGUCCCUUAAGCUUUCUAAAGGAGGCAUUCCACUGGCAAAUGGGGAUGCAUUCUUGCAAAAGCCACCUCCAUGGGCCUAUCCACUAUCGACUGCUCAGGAGGUUUACCGUAACAGUGCAGACCGUAUGUCACUAUCUACUGUUCAAGCAAUUGAUGAAGCAAUGAAUCAUAAGUCUGAGGUAAGAUUUGUGAGUGCAAGUCUCUCGGUGGAGAAGCAUAGAACUUCAUUUAACAAAUCAGUAAGUGGUGGUGUGACUGGUGUCCUGAGGACUGGUCUGGACAGUGAUCUUGAGUGGGUUAGGGUGGUGCUGACGGCUGAUGCAGGUCUUAGAAUGGAAAGCAUUGCUGAUCCAGGACCCCCACGUCGAAAGGAACAUCGUCGUGUUCCAAGUAUUGUUGCCUACGAGGAAGUAAGGGCUGCUGCAGCGAAGGGGGAGGCACCUCCUGGUCUUCCUCUCAAAGGGGCUGGUCAGGAUUCAUCAGAUGCACGGUCUAUGGCCAAUGGUGAAAUGCUGAAAGCAGGUGAUGCCUUAUCUGGUGAGUUUUGGGAAGGGAAGCGACUAAGAAUUCGUAAAGAUUCAAUAUAUGGAAACCUACCGGGUUGGGACUUGCGUUCUAUCAUUGUGAAGAGUGGUGAUGACUGUCGGCAGGAACAUCUUGCGGUGCAACUCAUAUCUCAUUUUUUUGAUAUAUUCCAGGAAGCAGGUCUUCCCCUCUGGUUACGUCCUUAUGAAGUCUUGGUUACAUCUUCAUACACUGCCCUUAUAGAAACAAUUCCAGAUACGGCUUCUAUUCAUUCUAUUAAAAGUAGAUACCCUAACAUUACUAGCCUGCGUGAUUUUUUUAAUGCCAAGUUUAAAGAGAACUCUCCAAGUUUUAAACUUGCUCAGAGGAAUUUUGUUGAGAGCAUGGCUGGAUAUUCGUUGGUCUGUUACCUUCUGCAGAUAAAAGACCGCCAUAAUGGAAACCUUCUGAUGGAUGAAGAAGGUCACAUUAUACACAUUGAUUUUGGCUUUAUGCUUUCAAAUUCUCCUGGUGGCGUUAACUUCGAGAGUGCCCCAUUUAAGCUCACCAGGGAACUUCUUGAGGUCAUGGAUUCUGAUGCGGAGGGAGUUCCGAGCGAGUUCUUUGACUAUUUCAAGGUGCUAUGCAUCCAAGGAUUCCUAACAUGUAGAAAGCAUGCAGAACGGAUUAUUCUUCUCGUCGAAAUGGUACAGGAUUCGGGUUUUCCUUGCUUCAAAGGUGGUCCACGCACCAUUCAGAAUCUAAGAAAAAGGUUCCAUCUAAGUUUAACCGAAGAGCAAUGCGUCUCUCUGGUGCUCUCUCUAAUCAGCAGCAGUUUAGAUGCUUGGCGAACCCGACAAUACGAUUACUACCAAAGGGUGUUGAAUGGAAUAUUGUGAUUGUUAAUUUUGUACAAAAGUUUGAGAUAUCAUCAUCAUUAAAUCAGCCUGAUCAGAGACUAAACAUGUAUACAUACUACCAUGGUUGUGUUGUUCUCCAUGUUCAUUGCAUGUGAAGAGCCUUUUUCACAACUGUAGUACUAUCAGAGACCUUCGAGCUCCAGAGAGCUCUUAAGGAAAUCAAUUACAAGAAUAGAGUGA